AUGGCCGACGGCGUCUCGUCUGAUUGCCAAAUCGUCCCUACAGGAGACGGUCGCACCUUCCAUUUCCGGGUGAGACUCUUGUCGCCCCACCCUCCUGCCAAGGUUCUGCGCAAGAGGAUCGUCCUUGCUGAAUGCAGUUGCGAUGCACUGGUCGUGCAAUCUAGUUCGCCCCCCAUCAUCGCGUUCACUCUCAGGUUGCAUCGUAAUCCCGCCCUGGAAGCCGCUACCAAGGUUUCUACUCACAUUGUUUUGCUCGACAAGACCGGCUCGCCGGCUCCUUCAAUGGGAACUGGACAAACCAUAAACUGGAGUUGCCCUCAGUAUAUGGAUGGCUCUUACAUGCUGAAAUUAGAGAGGGACCAUGUCAAAGCUAACUGUGUGGUGAACAACUACGUCGUUGCGCUGUGCUCUGUGGACAUCGACUGGACACCUCCAGCUUCAUCAAUCAUGCCGGGUGUAGGUCAUGAUCUGGCCAUGAUGUUGGGUAAACAAGAUCUUACAGAUGUUACCAUAGAUGUUGGUGGGGAAAGCAUCAGUGCACACCGCCUGGUGCUCGCGGCCCAAUCGCCCGUCUUUAAAGCACAGCUCUAUGGCCCGAUGGCUGAAAGCAAGAUGACAUCUAUCGCCAUCCAAGACAUGGAGGCAUCUACCUUCAAAUCUAUGCUCCAUUACAUGUAUCAUGGUUCAUUGCCCGAUGCUGGCAAUGCACAUGUUUCCUCCACUCUAGCAGAAUACCAGCAUCUUCUUGUAGCCGCUGAUAGGUAUGGGUUAGAGAGGCUAAAGAAGAAUUGUGAGGACAAGCUAUGUGCCAACUGUAUCACAAUAGACUCUGUGGUCUCAUUGCUGGAGCUGGCAGAGUACCAUGUCUGCUCCAAACUCAAGGCUAGGUGCUUUGAUUUCCUUGCUGAUGGUGACAAUUUCAAGAUUGUUGGGACAUCUGCUGAGUACCUACAAGUGAUGCAGACAUUUCCGACUCUUUUGGUUGAAGCGCGGAACAGGCUCAAGAUACCACACAAUGAACUGACCAGCAUGGAACCUCCAACUUCAUCUGUAGAGGAGCAGCUCCUGGAUUUAGGUCAUGAGCUGGCCAUGAUGUUUGAUAAUCAAGAUCUUACAGAUGUUUCCUUCGAUGUUGGCGGGGAGAUCUUCAGUGCACAUCGCCUGGUGCUUGCGGCCCGAUCGCCCGUCUUUAAAGCGGAGCUCUAUGGCCUGAUGGUAGUGACUUCUAUGACCAUCCAAGACAUGGAGGCUUCUACCUUCAGAUCUAUGCUCCAUUACAUUUAUCAGGGUUCACUGCCCAAUGCUGACAGAAAUGAUGUUUCUUCCACCAUGGCUCAAUACCAGCAUCUUCUUGUAGCUGCUGAUAGGUAUGGGUUACACAGGCUAAAGAAGAAUUGUGAGGACAGCCUAUGUGCCAGCGGCAUCGUGAUAGACAGUGUGGUCUCAUUGUUGGAGCUUGCGGAGGACCAUGCCUGCCUCAAACUCAAAACUGGGUGCCUUGAUUUCCUCGCUGAUGUUGAAAAUUUUAAGAUGGUUGCCACAUCGGCUGAGUACCUCCGUUUGAUGCAGAGCUUUCCGCCUCUCUUGGUUGAAAUGCGGAAUAGGUUCAAGAUGGUACAUAAAGAACCAACUACCAUGAAUCCUCAUGCUCAAAAGAAAAGCCGAGGUCGUUAG